AUGGAUAAAGCCAAGACAAGCUCAAUUUUGGAUUUUGCAUUGUGUCAAUUACAGUUCCGCUUCCGAGGUUCUUUCAAGUACACGGGCCCAUUGAAGAAUACAGUCGACGUCGGGCUCGAAGUAGUGCAUAUGAUGUUGAAGAUGAAAGCUUUGACUCCCUCAGAGAAGAGUGUUUAUUGGGCAGCCAGAUUUGAAGAUUUUGAUCUGGUUCAGCAAGUUGUUCAACUAAGAGCUAAAGCUGGCAAGUUGACUCCAGAGGAAUUAUAUUGUGGUCUUGGACCCACAGCAUCUUACCGCAACAGAGCUACGUUUGAAUACCUGCUCUCUAUGGGGGUGAGCGUCAACAAGAAUACUGGCGGGAUAUGUUACAUUGCAGACUACGAGACACCUCUCUUUGCUGCUUCAUUGACAGGUAGUUUAAAGAUGGUUGAAAAGCUGCUAGAUAUGGGAGCGAAUAUCGACCAGCGAGGAGUUUCACACGAUACUGCGCUUCAAGCCGCGAUUCUUGUUGGUAGGUUAGACGUAGUUGCUUUGCUUCUUAGGAGAGGGGCAGACGUCGACGCUCGAGCCAUACCUGGCACCCAGUUCUUGUCCGGCCAACCUGCCCUCAUGAAGGCAAUCGCCUUGGGACAUACAGAGAUUGCUCGUAUGCUUCUCGAGUUUGGUGCGAACGUGAAUACCGAGAUAAAAUCAUCACCUUGUGGUUUAACUUACGGAAAUAUUAAUGCAUUGGGAUAUGCAGCUCAUUAUGGCAGGCUAGAUACUGUCCAGCUACUACUCAAUGCUGGGGCAGAUUCUUAUGAUCAUGCCAUUGGGAUUGCACUUGAAGAGGGAAACCUCAUCGUUGCGGAUUUGAUUCAAGACUGGAAGGAGUGUAAGGAAAGAGAAGCUUCGGCGAAUGAUCCUUGGUGAGUUUGAAGCCCUUAUCAAGAUACAAGAUAUAUAUCAACUAACCGUCGAAAGGGGUUCUUCUGAGCUCUGA